UUCCCAAUAAUACCCUUGUUACUCUUUGUAAAUCACAAUCCGGAAAAGUUGGACCCACACUUGCAUCAAACGCUCACUCCCUCACUCACUCUUCCUCAAAGGCGCAGGAAAAGCCCAGCUCAUCGCUUCAAGCAAUGCCACUCCCUCCGUCGAGCUCCAGCCAAAGAUCCCCUACCAAAAUGCUCGAGCGCGUCCUCUCCUCGCGCCGAUACGCGCCGUACGCGGACGAAUCCGCCGCUGAAAACGACGCUGUCGCCGACGAGUCCAAGACCAAGAAGCACCUGCCCAUCUCCUUCUUCACCACCCGAAUCACCAACUACUUGACUCGAACCGGACCCGUCUGGCCCUGCCUCCUGGUCCUCGCCCUCGUCCUCCUUCUAAUAUUCUCCCUCAUAUUCAACUCCCGGAGAUUCGUCUGCGUCUCGCCUUACGACCCGGUUUCUCGUACCGGCUUCUUCGGGUUCGAUGGCCUCGAAUCGGAUUUCGGAUCCCUCGGCGUGCCUUGGUGCAGAUCGAAACACGGAAAAGCAGUUGAAUGGACAACUAAGGAUUUAAUCAAGGGCUUGGAAAUGUUUGUACCUAUUUACGAAACCCGACCGAUAAAAAACAACAUGUACGGGAUGGGUUUUGACCACAGCUUUGGGCUCUGGUUCAUUGCCCAGUGGCUGAAGCCAGAUCUAAUGAUUGAGAGUGGCGCUUUCAAGGGUCAUUCCACUUGGGUUUUGCGACAAGCGAUGCCAGACACGCCAAUUAUUACCCUCACACCCAAGCAUCCUGGGAAGUUUCUAAAGAAGGGGCCUGCAUAUGUUGAUGGAAACUGCACAUACUUUACUGGAAAAGAUUUUGUGGAUUUUGGAAAUGUUGAUUGGGGAAAAGUGAUGAAGAAACAUGGGAUUACUGAUCUGAGCCGUGUUCUUAUUUUUUUCGAUGAUCAUCAGAAUGAAUUGAAAAGAGUAAGGCAGGCUCUGAAAGCUGGUUUUCGGCACAUAAUAUUUGAGGAUAAUUAUGAUACUGGAACAGGAGAUCAUUAUUCCUUACGGCAGAUAUGUGAUCAAUCCUAUAUAAGAGGAGGUGGUCACAGCUGCUUUAAAGACAGUGAUGAAGCUAGGAUUAGGUCAAAAAGGAAGAAGUUCUGGGAGAAAGCAGUGGAUAUUGAAGAACUUUGUGGGGCGGGUGAAGCAUGGUGGGGUGUUAGAGGAUACAUGCAUGAUAACUUUACUAAAAGUAGUAAGAAGAUAUCGUAUUCAGAACAUUUUCAGAAUAGCCGGUUUGUGGAAUCAAUUCUUGAUGUUUACUGGGAGGUUCCACCAGUGGCAGGUCCGUCCCUCACUCAUCAAACUAGAUACGAUCCUGCUCGUGCCGUAACUCCUAUUGUCGAAGAUGGCCGAUAUGGCUUAUUCAAUCGACUUGGCUUAACCAGACUCGACACGUCUGUAUUUAAUGGAUAUACUCAGAUGGUUUACCUUGAGAUAUCAAAACAGUAAUUUUUGAGCUGUCUAGAUUCAGAUACGUUGUUUAGCUUUCAGUAGUUUGUUCAUAUUAUGCAAUAUGCAUGCAGUUUUCUCAUAGCUUUCCGGCUCGUGUAUUUCCUUUGAAGUUUUUUGUCUUUCAUGGUCGACAAUGGUUAAUUUGUGGAAUCAAUCCGAGCAACGAUUGUUCUGUACUAGUAUCAUGCCACAGCGGAACCGAUCUGGCUCGUUUUCAGCUGUCCAGCAACUGAUUCGGUUAACUUGUCUGUUGUAAUACUUAUAAACUCAAUUAAUUCCAAGUUUCUUUGUUUCAGUA